GCCCGACGCGUCCCGCUCCCCAGCGCCGCUAUGUCCAGGCGAGCCCGCGACGUGGAGUUGGCUCGCCUGGUGCCCGAGAAGCCGCGCCACCGUCUGCGCGCCGCCCCCUCCCGCUCGGCCGGCGCGGAGCAGUUGCCCAACGUGCCCAGCUACCGCAGCCCCGCUCGCCCCUCCCGCAUCCCCGUCCUCCUCCCUCGGAGGCCGGCGGCGGGCGCGCGCAACCCCGGUUUCCUGCAGGACGACGCUUCCCGCCCGGGCAUCGGGGGACAACUGCCAGGCAAAUACCCCACAGUGAAGACCCCAAAUGUGGAUUCUGGCUCUUCCAGGCUGCCAAUCCCUGCCUCUCAAGCUGGGCUGUCAGCUCCAAAGAGAUCCCACACCCUCGCUGUGCCACCUACGCCGAAGGUUCCCAAGAGGAGGAAAUCCUCUUCCCAAGAAGUAAUUGUGGGGGAGCUGAGCCUAUCCCCAGUCAAAGCCUGGCCAGACCGGUCCAGUCUGCAGGAAGAAGAACAGAUCAGUUUGGCCGGACGCUGCAGCUCAGCCACAAGCCAGAGCAGCGCCAUCAUCAACGAUCGCCUGCAGGAGCUGGUGAGGCUCUUUAAGGACCGGACUGAGAAAGUCAAGGAGAAACUGAUUGACCCGGAUGCCUCCUCUGAUGACGAAACCCCAGCCGUGUCCCCUUCCAAAGAGAAACCCCCAGAGGAGAAAGGCAAAGAAGCAGAGGAAGAUGAAGAGGGGCGUUACCACGAAAUCCUCUGCUGCAGAUUUAAGUAUCAUCCCUUCCUCUGCCAUGUGAGGAAAGUCCGGUUCCCCAGCAGCAUUGACCCCUCCUCCAAUCUGAUGUACGUGUUCUGGCUCUUUCUUGUGGUCCUGGCAUGGAACUGGAACUGUUGGCUGAUUCCGGUCCGCUGGGCUUUCCCGUAUCAAACACCGGAGAAUGUCUGUUAUUGGAUGGCUGCUGACUACCUCUGCGAUCUCAUCUACCUUCUGGACGUCGCCGUCUUUCAGGUCCGCCUGCAGUUUGUCCAUCAAGGAGAUAUUAUUACUGACAAGAAAGCCAUGAGAAAGAAUUACCUGAAGUCCCGUCGCUUUAAGAUGGAUGCAAUCUGCCUUCUUCCACUGGACUUCCUCUACUUCAAGGUUGGCGUGCAUCCUCUCUUGCGCUUACCUCGCUGCCUGAAGUACCUGGCCUUCUUUGAGUUUAACAGUCGACUUGAAGCAAUUUUGAGCAAGGCCUAUAUUUACAGAGUCAUAAGGAUCACAGCCUACCUGCUCUUCAGCUUGCACGUGAACUCCUGCUUGUACUAUUGGGCCUCCUCCUUCCAGGGGCUCGGCUCCUCCGCCUGGGCCUACAAUGGCAAAGGAAACAGUUACAUCCGCUGUUACUACUGGGCCGUCAAGACGUUAAUAACCAUUGGAGGACUGCCUGAACCACAUAACCUCUUCGAGAUCGUUUUUCAGCUUCUCAAUUACUUCACCGGCGUCUUCGCUUUCUCAGUGAUGAUAGGUCAGAUGAGGGAUGUUGUUGGUGCUGCUACAGCAGGACAAUCAUACUAUCGGAGCUGCAUGGAUAAUACAGUAAAAUAUAUGACUUUUUACAGAAUUCCCCGUUCAGUUCAGAACAGAGUCAAAACAUGGUAUGAAUAUACUUGGCAUUCCCAAGGCAUGCUGGAUGAAUCGGAACUGCUGAUGCAGCUGCCCGAAAAGAUGAAGCUGGACAUUGCAAUUGAUGUUAACUACAGGAUUGUGAGCAAGGUGCCGCUUUUUCAGGGUUGUGAUCGGCAAAUGAUUUUUGACAUGCUGAAGAGGCUGAGAUCUGUGGUGUACUUGCCCAACGACUACGUGUGCAAAAAGGGGGAAAUUGGCCGUGAGAUGUACAUCAUUCAAGUGGGACAAGUCCAAGUGCUUGGGGGACCGGAUGGGAAAACUGUGCUUGUGACCCUGAAAGCUGGGUCUGUCUUUGGAGAAAUAAGUUUACUGGCUGUGGGAGGUGGAAAUCGGCGCACCGCUAAUGUUGUGGCUCAUGGAUUUACUAACCUUUUCAUUCUGGAUAAGAAGGAUUUGAAUGAAAUUCUGGUGCACUAUCCGGAGUCCCAAAAGCUGCUGCGGAAGAAAGCCAGGAGAAUGCUGAAAAGCAAUAGCAAGCCCAAAGAUGACAAAGGGAUGCCCAAAGACGUCCUCAUCAUACCUCCAAGAGCUGGGACACCCAAGCUCUUCCAAGCCGCCCUGGUAGCUGCAGGAAGAAUGGGAGGCAAGGGGAGACUGGCUCACAUCCGCUGGAAACUGAAGGAGCUGAAGGCAAUGCAGGCUGCCAGUUCCACACCGGUUGUCCCUAAAUCACCAGCCAUCCAUACUUCACCAGCUGAUGCCCCCAAACCCGAUGACGGCAGGCCUGAGACGAUCAUCUCCAGGAGUCCUGACCAUCCUGUUCGGGUUUCCAUGAGUCCAUCUCCUAACGGGGGUGAGCAGGUUCUCUCGGUGGAAAUCUUGGAAAAGGAUGAAACCAAGUAGAAGAACCUGAACGAGCCUCCGUAUCUGUGGAAGCUGCAACUCAAGGAGGGCUCAUUGCGGAUAACU